UAACAACAAAGAAAACGACACUUUCCUAUACAGAACCAGUUUAGGCGGUUAGCUAUCCUCUACAUAAUGACUGGUAUUGUACAGUGCUUUGUUGUUGGUCUAUCGUUGUGUAUGACAACCCAGGCCACCGACAAAAGGAUCCUUCUCAGUGAUCCCACCUACGUCGCCCAGGAACUCAAUCGGCUACAGUCAGAACUUCAGGAUGUCAAAGUUCAUGUCGGAGUCCUUCAACAAACAGUGAACAAGCAACAAUCUGUCAUCACAGAGUUGUCAAACAAAGGUGUUCAGGGCACAGUGUAUACUAGGUGGGGUCGACCUGAUUGUCCAGCCGGUAACCACACCGAACUUGUGUACUCAGGUUACGUGGGAGGCUCAUUCUAUACAUCUCCGGGUGCAGCAGCCAAUGCUGUUUGUCUGCCUAACAACCCGACAUUUGGUGAUCACCAGUUGUCAGACUCAGGUGUUUCGACAGCGUUUAUCUACGGCGCUGAGUUCGAGGAGUAUGCGAUGUUUGGCCUACCCCAUCAAGACGAAGACGUUGCUUGCGCUGUCUGUAGACAUUCUGAUCAUUCUACAGUAACGAUGAUACCCGCUAGGACUUCCUGUUACCCAGGCUGGACUGAGGCUUAUGGUGGUCUACUAGCAGCCGGACACCCAACACAUCCUGCAGCAACCGAAUACAUAUGUAUAGAUGGACAGCCGACAAGUAUUUCAGGGGGGAAUAAAAACGACAAUGGGAAGCUGUUCUAUGCGGUGUCUACAAAAUGUGGAUCUCUGCAAUGUCCUCCUUAUGAUAAUGAUCAGAUUGUGUCCUGCGUUGUCUGCAUGAAGUAAUAAAACCAGAAAAAGUUUGAACUAAUUACUUUAUGUUUUUAUAUUAUCAGUAUUUGAAACAAUAUUUCUACCACUCUUCUAUUUCAGAAUAUAUUUUGUACUGAUCUUAUGCAUAAAAGGAGUUGGGCAACAGGCUUAGCCUAUAUAAGCCCUCUUCUUACAAAAUAUAACAGUACAUACAUCAUCAUAUCAAUAUUACUUU